AAUCCCUUCCUAUUUCUCUCUCAUUCACAACCCCACACACACUGUCUGAAGCUAUUCCAUUCCUCUCCCCCCCUUGGCCUUCCUAUUCCGGUAGCCGGCGUUUCAACCCCCGAAAUGCCCGACGGCGGAGGCGGAGGCGGUCCUUUAGUACUACCUGACCACGCCACUCCUACUGCGGGACUCCUCCUCCAGCUCGUCCGAGACAUUAUUCUUCUCGGAGGAGGCGGGAACGCCUGUGCCGCCGCCCAGGCGUCGAGCACCACCACCACCACCGGUCCUUUCAGGAAGGAUUCCACUGAUCUAGUGCGGAGGAUUUCGCUGCUGGCGCAUUUGCUCGAUGAGAUUGCGGAUUUCGCCGGCGAAUCUGGACCGUUGGAUGGCGAUGCUCCUGCUGCUUCCAGUUCUUGCGCUACCGGAAGCUGGUGCUCCGCCCUGCUCGCCGCUCUUCAGUCUUCUAAGCGAUUGUUGUUGCUGUUUGCUGGCAGCUCCAAAUCCUCUAACCAUUCUGAUGGAGCUCACAGUAAGAUCGCACUCCAGUUCCAAUCCGUAACGUGCAAGCUCGAGAAGGCCUUGGCUGAUAUCCCUUUCGAUCGCUUCAAUAUCUCAGAGGAAGUACAAGAACAGGUUGCAUUGGUGAGAUCACAACUGCAGAGAGCAUCGGAGAGAUACAGGUCUGUGAAUGCCGAGACAAUCUCUUCCGCCGCGCCAGCCCAGCAACCUUUAGGCAAAGAGAUUUAUCUAACACAAAAGGCCAGGAGUAACAACAGUAGAUUGAAUCGUAGCUGGAAAAUUGAGAAUUUUGGAUGUGUGAAUCAUAAUGUCGCUGCUGCGGCAGUGGAAAGCAACGAUGCCGAUCAGGUUCAAGGAGAGGAGAAGCCGAUUAAUAGCUCAGGUAGAAAGAUGAGUCUCGAAGACUUAAAGAAGUCUGAUGCCCCCACCAUCCCGGACGAUUUUCUAUGUCCCAUCUCCUUGGAGCUAAUGAGAGAUCCGGUCAUUGUCGCCACAGGCCAGACUUAUGAGAGAUCCUUCAUCCAGAGAUGGGUAGACGCAGGCAACAAGACAUGCCCCAAAACCCAGCAAAAGCUGCAACAUUCCACAUUGACGCCCAACUACGUCCUGAGAAGCCUAAUAGCUCAGUGGUGCGCCAAGCACAACAUCGAGCAGCCGACGGGGUUCACCAACGCCGGCAGACUAAAGAAUGGCGACGGAAGAUCAUUCCGCGACACGGGCGCAGGAGACAGCGCUGCAGUUCAAUCAGUGGUGCGCAAGCUUUCGAGCCGGUCGGUCGAGGAGCGUCGAGCUGCAGUUCACGAGAUACGGAUCCUAUCCAAACGAAGCACGGAUAACAGAAUCCUCAUCGCCGAAGCAGGAGCCAUCCCUGUUCUCGUCGGCCUGUUGACAGCCUCCGACGACGUUGCCACCCAAGAAAAUGCGGUCACCUCCAUAUUGAACCUCUCAAUCUACGAGAACAACAAGGGCGCAAUCAUGCUCGCGGGCGCAGUCCCUUCCAUAGUCCAGGUCCUUCGAGCCGGCAGCGUGGAGGCGAAAGAAAACGCGGCAGCAACCGUAUUCAGUUUGUCCCUGGGAGACGAGAACAAGAUCAUAAUCGGAGCGUCGGGGGCGAUUCCCGCAUUAGUGGAGCUGCUGGAGCAGGGGAGCAGCAGAGGGAAGAAAGACGCGGCGUCGGCAUUGUUCAACCUGUGCAUCUACCAGGGGAACAAAGGCAGGGCGGUGCGAGCCGGGAUCGUUCCGGCGCUGCUCCGGAUGCUGACUGAUUCGAGAGGGGCGGCGGCGAUGGUGGACGAGGCACUGACGAUACUGUCGGUGCUAUCGAGCAACGUCGAAGCGAAAGCAGCGAUCGUGAAGGCGAGCACGAUCCCGGUGCUGAUCGAUCUGUUGAGAACCGGGCAGCCGAGGGGGAAGGAGAACGCGGCGUCGAUAUUGCUGUCGCUGUGCAGGAGGGAUGCGGAGAAUCUGGCGUGCGUAAGCCGGCUGGGAGCUGUCGUCCCGUUGACUGAGCUUGCGAAGAGCGGGAGGGAGAGGGCGAAGCGAAAGGCCGACUCGUUGUUGGAGCAUAUUCGGAAACUGCAACCCCACUAACUUUUGAAAGGUACCCAAACUCCAAAAUCGGAGAAAGGAACAAUUACUUUAAAUUUAUUAAUUGUUGUUUUUGUUAUUAUUCGUUUCUUUUAUUUAUUUAUUCAUAAUUUAAUUGACAAAGACGAGUACCGAUAAACUAUCUGGUUCUGAUCUGCGGCAAAAGGGAUGGAGUGGAGAUGUGAGAAAUCGAUCGCAAAAAAAAGGCGGUUUCUCAUUGUAUUUAUUUUAUUUUAUUUUAUUUACGUAAUGUAUAAUUGUAAUCUCGCCUCUUCCCUCCUCCUGUCUCCACCCCACGUUCAGGAGUGGCUGUUGUAGAAAGAAAGAAAGGAAGGGAAAGGAAAGCUAAUAAUUUGUUCGGCAUCGUGAAAAGAAAAGAAUCAUCUGACCAAAGAAAGAUAGAUUGAUUCCCCAGUUUGGUAUAUUUCUUUUGGUAAAUACAAUUUAAUAUCUAAAUUUUUUAUUUUAAACAAUAUAAUAGUUAAACUUUUUCGAAAACAAUCUAAUAUCCAAAUCGUCAACUUUUCGUCUGUUUGACCGUUAGUUGACACUUAAAAAAGUUUUGUUUACGGGAAAUUGUCACAAUACAACUUUGUUUUCUUGUUUUAGCAUUGCAGAUGACUGAAUAUUUAGAUAUUCUAUACCAUCAUGGUGGAGUCAUGGACUUCUAAGGUUUGGAACCACGAUAUAUUGGUGGUUUUUCAGAGAAGAUAUCGAUGGAUAUUGAUGAAGUGUCGUACUUCGAACUUGAUGGAGUGUCAACUAAUGGUCAAACGGACGGAAAGUUGACGAUUUGUAUAAUAAAUUGUUUUCGAAAAG